UGGACACAUAGGAUAACAUGCCGGGGAUGGACACAUAGGAUAACAUGCUGGAGAUGGACACAUAGGAUAACAUGCCGGGGAUGGACACAUAGGAUAACAUGCUGGAGAUGGACACAUAGGAUAACAUGCUGGGGAUGGAUACAUAGGAUAACAUGCUGGAGAUGGACACAUAGGAUAACAUGCUGGGGAUGGACACAUAGGAUAACAUGCUGGGGAUGGACACAUAGGAUAACAUGCCGGGGAUGGACACACAGGAUAACAUGCCAGGGAUGGACACAUAGGAUAACAUGCCGGGGAUGGACACAUAGGAUAACAUGCCGGGGA